GGGUGAGAGUGGUUCGUUUGGAGAGAGGUGUCCUCUUUUUCAGUCUAGAAAUCCUCCUGACAAAGUUUAUACACGAUGUCAGAUCCAACCAUUGUGAUAGUUGAAGCAGUCAGGACACCUAUAGGUUCCAUUUGUGGUUCACUUUCUUCUGUGAAAUCUCAUGAGUUAGGAACUGCUGUCAUUAAGGAGCUUCUUUUGAGAACCAAACUGCCAUCAAGCGCAAUAUCAGAAGUGAUUAUGGGACAGGUACUUACUGCAGGAGCAGGUCAAAAUCCAGCCAGACAAUCGGCCAUAAACGCUGGCAUUCCUAUUACAGUUCCUGCCUAUACUAUUAAUCAACUUUGCGGAUCUGGCUUAAAGUCUGUUUUCCUAGGAUAUCAGAGUAUCAAGGCUGGCGAGACUAGUAUUGUCAUAUGUGGGGGACAGGAAUCAAUGUCAAUGGCCCCUCAUUGUGUUCUGAUGCGAAAGUCUGUAAAAAUGGGAAAUACACCUCUUGUGUGUACACUAACUACAGAUGGAUUAACUGAUGCGUUUAAUUCUAUUCAUAUGGGCUUGACAGCUGAAAAUAUAGCCCAAGAAUUCAACAUAUCAAGAAAAGAGCAAGAUUUAUUUGCUGCUAAAUCUCAAAAUAAAACAGAAGCUGCUCAAAAGCAAGGCUAUUUCGAUAAAGAAAUAGUUACAAUUACAGUAAAAGAUAGGAAAGGAGAUAUAUUAGUUAGCAAGGAUGAAUUUCCCUGUCAUGGAACUACAUGUGGAACCCUUGAGCGGCUCAGGCCAGCUUUUUUAAAAGAUGGUACAGUGACUGCAGGAAAUGCAUCUGGUUUGAAUGAUGGUGCUGCUGGAGUAAUUUUGAUGACAUUGGAUGAAGCAAGAAAACAAAAUUUAGUUCCAAAAGUAAAAAUUAUUGGUUUUGGUCAAGCUGGGCUGGAACCAAAGGUUAUGGGUUUAGGGCCAAUUCCUGCGAUUAAAAAUUUGUUAAAUGAGGCAUUUGCUGCCCAAUCAAUUGCAGUGGUUAGAGAACUGGGAAUUGAUGAGGAAAAGGUAAACAUCAGUGGAGGAGCUAUAGCAUUAGGCCAUCCUGUGGGAGCAUCAGGAGCCAGGGUAUUGGUUACCUUGAUAUAUGCACUGCAAAGAACGGGAAAAUCAAAAGGAAUCGCAGCACUUUGUAUUGGAGGAGGUAUGGGUAUUGCGAUAGCUGUAGAGAGAAUUUAACUCUUCAAGAUUAUAAUGUUUUGUUAUAAUUAAAUGUAUAAUUUUAACAAUUUUGUGCUUAGAAUCACUGUUAGAGACAAAUUAAGAUAAAAUACAGUAUUUUUAUUGUUAAUAGCUAUAUGUAACAUUCUUAGUUUGGCACAAGUAUCUCAGGAAUUUGUAAGCAUUUUGUUACACUAUUAUUUAGUUUUUAAUAUUUUUAUUUUAAUUGCUGUGAACUUCCUAGAAGUUUUUAAUGCAUAAAUUAUGACAUUUGUUAUUUUAGGUAUAAAAUUUUGAUUUUUUUUUUUUUUUAACAAGAUUUAUAUAUUGUACGUUAUGUUUUAAUUUAAUUAUUUUGUUUAAUGAAAAGUAAAGUGUAUGUAAAAUUAAAUUAUUAAAAUAUUUUGUUUAAUGGAAAAAAAAUUGUAUGCUAAAGAGGAAUGAAUGAUGGUUAAAGGUAGUAUGAAUGGUAAAAUUUUAUAAAUUUGUUAAUUUUUGUUGUUUAUUAUUAGGUUGUUUACAUAAUAUAUUAAAUAAACCAUGUUACUACUAAUGAUCAUAGAUCUUGAUAUUCAGGGGAUUAGGUACUACCACACUAUUUAUCAUUUUAUUGUUUAAAAUGAAUUAUGGAUGCUAUAAAAAUGUAUGACAUACAUUAUGCUAUUUUUUAAUCCAAAGAAUGAUUGGAGAAUGUUUAAUAUAUGUGAAAUUAGAAUGCUAAUUACCAAAAAAGCAUUAUGAAAUUUAGGUAACCAGUCAUUUUUAACACGUUGAUGGCCACAAUGCUUUUUAAGAAUUCCGGUCUAAAAGCCAAUUUAAUUUAAUCAUGUCAUGUUAUUAAAAACUCGAAUUUUAAUACAUAGUUAACAUCAAAAAGCAGUAUGACUUUCAUUGUUGCUGCAAAAAUAUGGCACCUAAGUAAUCUUCUAAAUAACUUGUAGUUGGCGUCCAUGGUCAAGAAUAUUAACUUUUUUUUCUUUUUGGCUACACAAGAUUUUUCCCAGGCCAUGGGAGGGGGUGGGGGAUUAUGUCAGGGUUGAAAGCCACUGACAGCAGGACUUGAACUCAUAUACUUCAGUUUAUCAAGUUGCUGGGCAACUUGUGUUCUACACCCCUUAACAAUAAUAACUAAGAAUUAUCUAGUAAGUUGGCAAUCAGCGUGUUAAAAUAUCUCUUUGUUUUAAUAAAUUGACAGCAAGUGCUGUAAAUGAAUCUCAGCAGCAUAAAAUAUUUUGCUCAAUUCUUGACAUUGCCUAGUCAUAUUUAAUCAAUGAUGUAAGUUAUUCAAUUCCUUAUGGCAUCUGAAUAUUACGUAUUUAUUCGAGUUAAUGUUACACAAGGCAAAUGGUUAUUAAUCAAAAAAAAAUUUUUAUUGCACUAUUGAACUCAAAUUAAUUAGGGUAAAAGGGAUGUUAGUAAAAAAACAUGUUAAAUAUUUGUUUGUUGAUAAAUAAAUAAUGAUUUUAUUGAUGAUUUAAUCAAUUAAAAAUAUUUACUUAAAUCUUAAAAAAAAAAAAAAAAACUUGUUAUAGCUCAUUGAAGUAAUUGGACUUUUGUGGAAAUAUUGUUAACUUUCAAUCUAACCAAUUUUUUCAAUUAUAAUACAUAUUUAAGUAAAGUUAAGAAGUAUUGAAAAACAGGUAAAUUGCCAUGCUCCAUGAAGUCCAUAUAUAAAUCAGGACAAACCAUAAUUUUGCAGAAAGUCUAAAUGAUAUCCCCUACUCUUUCAUAUCCAUUCUUUAUGCAGAGAAGAAAACUAUGAAUUACUGAGGUUAGAACCUUAAAAUCUAAGUCCAGAAAUUGUUUUUGUUCCUUCGAUUUUAUAUAUAUGGAAAAAAAAGAGUAUUAUUUUUAUUGAUACUGAACUAUCUUAUUAGUUUCCCUUUUUUUUUUUAAUUUUUGUUUUUAUAAAAACAAUUUUAUGGGUUUAAUACAUUAUUCAUGCCCCUCAAUCCAAGUCCAAAAUAUAGCAGAAAUUACUUGGUCAAAGAUAGUUCUUAGAGGUCUUUUAUCGCUUUUGUUAAUUAUCUUCCUCUUCAGUUUUUUAUUACAAUUACCAAAAUGCUCAAUUACUUUUUCAGGAAGAAUAUUAUUGGGAUUUUCAUUAGUCUUAUCACUACAAUACUUUUUGAAUAAGAAUAUUAUAAAGAUUUUCGUAUUUCUAUCUUAGUUCUCCGUUAAACUUUGCUAAAGAAGCUACUUCUGUGUCAUUGCACACUUGUUUAAUCCUUUAUAGACAAAUGGUACACAUUAGUCAUAGUCCAUACGUCAUUUAGAAUUCUACAAUAUUUUAUUGUGAACUAUUAAGUGGAAACCAAGACUAGGAAUUAUGUUAAGGACUAUUCCACUGAAAGAGCUGGUUUAGAAAAUUUGGUGUAUAAAUUCUGUACCAGCGACCAUGUGCUUAAUAUACCCCAAAUUGUCUACAUUCCUGUAAUUACGAAAUUGAAAGGAAAAAAAAUAUAGUAUCAAAUAAUUUUAAUUUAAAUUCACUAAAAAUUACCCUCUCCCUCACUAAAAAUUUGAGGUUUAUGUUUCAAAAUACAUAAGAUACAAAAUUCGUCCUUCAUAUUUACUGGGAGGUGCAAUUUCUAUGACCGCGAGUGUAUUUAAAGCAAAAUGUAUGUAUGUCUAAUUUCAGUACUUCUCAAAGAUUUUAACUAAGGUGAAAAAUUAUACUCAACUAAUUACCAUUCUGUUUUUAUCAAUCAACGUAUGUUUAUAUUGAAUAAAAUGUUAACAAUGUAUGGAAACAAAACAAAUAUAAUAUGUCAAUAAGUUGUUUUUUACUGAUCUGAGACUGAAAUUAGGUUUAGAAAAUUAUAUCUAACUCUUAAAAAGACCAAUAAUGGGUCCAAUGUUAUAAGUACCAAAGAAAAGGAUGACCAUGACAAUAACAAUAAAACAUUAUUUUUAAUGUUAAAAAGUGGAUUGCCAAAGAGGUGCUGUUUUGGUAUCGCACACAGAAUGACAGAUAAAACUCAAAAUUUCAAUUGUUGGAUCUAUCAUCAUUCCAAAAACCAGUUGGCCCUCAAAUACAUUAGGUGAUGUUCUGGCAAUAUGUGUUAUAAUAACACCUUAGAUGCUUCCCUAUAGAACUUAAAAUAUGUAUAUUAUGUUGAUUAAAAAAAAAUGUUUGAGUUGUGCCUUAUCAUUCUGGUGUGUGAUAUAUGUAGUUAGCUGAAAAGAUUUAUAAAUUCAUUAUCUUUUAUAAGUAAUACUAAUUUAUAUAUAUAUAAUAUAAUAUUAAAUGUUUAAUUGAUAUUUAGAUUGUUGGCAUCAAUAAUUUUAUAAAGGUUUUUGUAAUUUUGAGAUUGAUGAAGUAAAAUAAAGUAUUGUUUUGGAAUUGUAUAAUAUACAAGUUGCACGUAGAAUUGAGUUGGAUAUAAUUUUUCAUUUAUUUUUUUAUUGUUUUAAGUAAAUAAAAAAUAAGUAUGUGAAUAUGAAGUUUUUUUUUACAUAUAAAGAAAUAAAGUUAAACAGAAAUCUGAUUUCCUUCAUUGAACUAAAUAGUAUUUAAUUAUUGAAACCAAUCACAGGAGUAAAUCUUUAGUAAAUAAAAAUUAAUUAUAGGAAAAUUUGUUUUUAUUUAAAUGGACGUCUAAUUGAUUUGAGUUACAAACCCAAGAGAGAAAAGACACGUAAAAAAAAACAUUGUUUGAGAUCUUGGCUUUUGAGAACUCAGUAACUUUGAAAAAAAAAAAACAUAAAUCUUUAACUCCUCCAACUAUCAACUAAUGGUACCCCAAAGAAGCAAGUCAACGUGAAAAAUAAAAAAAAAAGUUAAUUUUAAGUAUAAAAUUGAGUAUUAAAAUCAAAUAUACAAUUAUUUAUGGGCAUUUCACAAAUACUAAAUCAAUUAGUCCUCUUAAGGAUAGUUUCUUCAUUAAAAAAAUAUUUUGUUUUUAUUAUAAGCUUUCUAUUUUGUUUAUUAUAAGCUUUUGUUGUAUAAAUUAUUAUUCUAUUAAAUAAAUUAUUUAUAUUUGUUUAAUUUUAUUUAUUUGCAAACCUUAGAAAAUAAAAAUAUCGUUGCUGUUAGUGCAAAGGACUGUACCAAAAAUUGAGUUUCUUUUUACAGAAGAGCAAAAAAACUGAUUACUUCUUUAUGAUUUAUUAGUAUAAUUUCAUACUUAACUUCCAUGUGCUAAUUUAGCAGACUACUUAUUACUGUUGCAGACUACAAUAUGUCACCUUUAGCACAAAUAGAAUAAACAUGGUAAAUUGUUACAUACGGCUUUUGCACUAACAGUUGCACAACAUAUAUAAUUUUAAUAUUCAAAUUUAAUUUUUUAAACUUUUCACAAAAAUAAAAAUCUUUACAAUAUACAAAUAUAAUUAUAAUACAUAAAAAAACAUAUCCAAGUCUAAAAAAGAUUUUACUAGUUUCCAUUUAGCCUUUGAACUAAAUCUAAACUAUUGAGUAAGCAAGAAGGUAAAUUUUAUUUUUUAUUUGUUUUUUUACAGAGAACAACCAUUAAUCAGUUAUAUGUUAAUCAUUUUGUUUAAUGACAUUCACUUUAUGACUACACACUCAUAGAAAUUUUGGUCCUGGUAAAAAAACAAAAAAUUAAUAAAUGCCAGAUGAUGCCUAGUAUAUUGGAGCCAGUUUUCUGAUUAAGUUCCAUCAAAUGCUCUUUUUAAAGAAUGAUUUUAAAUAGAAAAAUUGUAAUAUUUUUAUGAGAAGGAGUUAGUCGGGGG